AUGUCUAGCUCUCUUGACCAGCUUAAGGCCGCUGGCACGGUCGUCGUCUCCGACUCUGCCAUUGCCAAGUACAAGCCCCAGGAUGCCACCACCAACCCGUCGCUGAUUCUGGCCGCCUCCAAGAAGGCCGAGUACGCCAAGCUGAUUGACGAGGCUGUUGCCAUCGGCAAGAAGCAGGACGGUACUCUCGACGAGAAGGUCGAUGCGACCCUCGACGCCAUCCUGGUCGCGUUCGGCCGUGAGAUCCUGAAGAUCGUCCCCGGCCGUGUUUCCACCGAAGUUGACGCCCGCCUGUCCUUCGACACCAAGGCCUCCGUCGCCAAGGCCCUGCACAUCAUUGACCUGUACAAGGCCCAGGGCAUCUCCAAGGACCGUGUCCUGAUCAAGGUUGCCUCCACCUGGGAGGGUAUCAAGGCCGCCGAGAUCCUGCAGCGCGACCACGGCGUCAACACCAACCUGACGCUCAUGUUCUCGCUGCCCCAGGCUAUUGCCGCCGCCGAGGCCGGUGCUUUCCUGAUCUCGCCCUUCGUUGGCCGUAUCCUCGACUGGUACAAGGCCUCGACCGGCAAGACCUACUCCAAGGAGGAGGACCCGGGUGUCGCGUCCGUCCAGGCCAUCUUCAACUACUACAAGAAGUACGGCUACAAAACCAUCGUCAUGGGCGCGUCGUUCCGCAACACCGGCGAGAUCACCGAGCUGGCUGGCUGCGACUACCUGACCAUCUCCCCUGCUCUGCUCGAGGAGCUCCUGAACUCCAACGAGGCUGUCCCCAAGAAGCUGGACGCCGCCGGUGCCGCCUCCCUCGACAUCCCCAAGAAGACCUACAUCUCCGACGAGGCCACCUUCCGCUUCGACUUCAACGAGGAGCAGAUGGCCGUCGAGAAGCUGCGCGAGGGCAUCAGCAAGUUCGCCGCUGACGCCGAUACGCUCAAGGGAAUCAUCAAGACCAAGCUGAGCGAAUAA